AUGGGGGUUCUGGGGUGGAGGAUUUUCGUCGCCACACUUCUUGUCGCUGCAGAAAGCAUCCAGCUUUUCGGCCCAGAGAAUGCCAGCCUUCCCUUCCCGACGUGGUCCGGGGGACUGGACCUUCUGUCCACUGAUCCGCCGAUCUUUCUCCUGCGCGGUUUCGUCUCCAGCGGAGAGGCGGAGAGGCUUCUGCGAGAUUAUGAAGUGGAAUUGAUCCCGGAAUUCGUGCGUCAUGUCAACGACACCAGCUCGCCAGCAUUUCAGCGUUGCAUGCGGCGAUUCCCGUCGUCGUUCUGCGAGUCCACUCCAGCGGCUGGUGACCGCUGCGACUUCCAAUCGGAUCGACGUGUCUUCGCAAGCCAGGCCAUGGUAAAUGUCCACGAGCGGAUUGCUUCGACGGUUGGUGUCCUGGAGGACCAGGUUGAGGAAGCCUGGCUCUUCAACUGGGACAAGUCCCGUCGAGGGCAAGAUCUUCACAUGGAUACGUACCACCACUUCCAGUUCCCGGUGCGCGUCGCAACGGUGCUAGUCAGGUUGCGGGACGACCCUGUGGGCGUGGCUUUCCCUUUGGCAAAAUGGCCUGCAAAGCAUGCGCUUGCCGAGGAUGAGACUCUCAUUGAGAAGCUGUCGCAUGAGGGAAACGAGCUGCCGUGGCGUGGCAGUGGGACCGGACGAAAUUUCAAGUCCUUGGGCUUUUUGGACGAAGCUUUCGCGGAGGUGUGCCGCAAGGCUCCCUUGCGGCUCCGCCAGGGGGAUGCCCUUCUCUACUACCACCUGCUGGGUGACAGCAAGGUUAACAUGCGCUCAAUCCAUGCGUCCUGCACCACAGAGAGUGCCGAUUCUCCGAAGAUCUUCAUGGCCAAGUUCGUCCGUGGUGGCUCUUUGCUAGGCCCGUAUGGCUCGCUGCGAACACCUUCCGUUCCAUCAGAGUUGCGAGCCUGGAUGGACUGGCGGCAAGAGCGCAGUGGUUUGGACACAGCUGCCGUGUGGAUCGACGGGACAGACCAUGGCCUGCUGGAUCCCAGUGCUUGCCGGCAGCACAAGAAACCCUGGUUUGUUCGUCCGGCCAGCAUCGCGGGCGGUCCACCAGUUCUGUCCUGCGGAGAGCCAGCGGAGACAGAGUAUGUUCAGCGAAGGCCAGGAGAAGCCUUCGAGGUUCACGUCGUCAUAGCUAACACUGGGAGCAGACCCUGGCCACCCGGAACCGUGCUGUCGUUGCGCGACGGACACACCAUGGGAGGCCCUGCUGGUCUCCGACUGCAGGAGGUGCCUGUGGGCAGCACCGUGCCAAUAGCUCUCCAACUUCGCACUCCUGAAGAGCCGGGUGCAAAGGCAUACAGCAUCUGGAGUCUGGCCGAUGGGGAGCGGGUGCCCUUCGGGGCGUUGCUGUGGAUAGAUGCUGCUGUGGUUGGAAACGACGAGGACAUGGCGCUGGCGCCCGGUGACGGUAAGAGACUUGAUCCUGCCAGCUCUCCCGCAGCGGGCCUGACUGCAGGCCCGGCUGUUGGGCCGGAAGCGAAGCUCCAAGAGGAAGUUCGCGAGGAGGCAGAGGAAGCCUGCCACGAGCAGUUCUGGACAGAUCCGAUAUUCCAAGAGCUUUCCAGUCAGACUGCGUCCUUGCCUUCGGUGGCGGCACCGGACCGGGGUAAACCCAGGCUCUGCUGGUCGUUGGGGCAUCGUUUCUGGUUUGGCGAGCUCUCCUUCCACCAUGUGGCGCCACCAAAGACAUUCGUCUUCGGCUUCUGCCUUCCGCGAAGUUGCUCGAGCGAACGUCGGAGCGAGGUUGACGCUCAGAUUGCAAAGCCCUUCCUGCGGAGACUCUUCGCCUCUUCCAGUGGCUCGGACUGGUGUCGCCUUGAGCUGAGCGAGUGGACCCAAGAUGUACAGUCCCCACCGUCGCAGGCCUGGCUUGCAUUGCUUCCGCCCAUGCUGGCAGGGUCGCUUUGUGGCCUAGGUCUUCUUGACUGCACCAUAGGAGGCGUCCAGGCCUCGGAGCCCACGGUCUCGUGGCAGCCCGCAGCGCUGCGUCUGCUGGCGACGCUUUGCCUGGUGGUGUUUCAUCUGGCAAGUUUCCCUAUCUAUUCAUCGGGCCUGCCUCCGGGCCUCGCGAACUUCUGCACAUGGGCCUGCGGAAUGCUCCAUGACCCCGUCUUUGCUGGACUGUCAGCCGCGCUGCUUCUUCGCGGGGGGUGGGAUAGUUGGAAGCUGCAGACUCUUGGCCGAAGGCUUGGGAGGAAGUGGCUACGGCUCGCACCAGCAGGCCUCAGCUCGCGAGCACUGCUUUGUGGCGGACUUCGAAGGAUUCCUGUCGCUCCUUUUCUACUGGGUAUCCAGCCGCGGCUCGACGACCGCCUCUGCAGUUGGACAGCCGAGGAGGCCCGACGCUGUACUCAUCACGUGUGCACGAGACUGUUCGGAGUCAAGGAUGCGCUGCUGGCCUUCCCGCCAUUGGACUUCGCUGGUUCCUUCGUAGAGCAGGACAUGGUGAGGUCUGCAGCGCUUGUCCUGCUGCUGUCAGGUCUCGGGAGCAGCCUUCGCUUGCUUCGGGCGGCCGUCUGGCUAGGGCUCCUUGCUUGCCUCGUCGUGGUGACAAGGUCCUUGGAUCAGUGCUUGGACGAGCGAGGGCGCAUUGACGGCCCUUGCGUGCCGUCGCCGGUCACACCCUACUUGGAUUUGCCCGGCGACAGCGUCGUGGUGGCGGCCGUGGUCCUUUGGGCCAGGUUGUCUCCCUCCCCAGCAAGGCGCAGCUUCCCGGUUCGAGUCUCCGUGGCCGGGAUUGCAGUCGCAGUCGGUAUGGAGGUGCAAGGCGCACCCCAUCAAGUUGGGAGGUUGCCGUGGUACGUGCUUAGCCACCUCGUGUUGGGCUUCUCCUUAGCAGCACUAUGCACUUGCCGCGCACCGCGUGCUCCUGCUCCCAAGUGGCUGUUCAUGCUCGAUCGCCUCUGCUUCGGAGUCUGUGCCGUGCACGUUCGCGUACUCGAGCUCGUCUUCGGCUUCCUUCGGCCGAACCACGCCGAGUUCUCCUGGGAUCUCUUCCUGACGGACACGCUGGUUGUCUUGCUGGGCUCCUUCUGCUUGUCGGGGCUGCUCUACCUCUAUGUCCGCAGUCUGGAGGUACUGCUUGUUAGCACGGCGCGCUUCGGCUGGGCGGCGUGCACCGCUGCAGCCAGGCGGAGACCGGAAAAUUGA